UUUCUUUGAUAGUGUCUAGGAAUGGCAACGGGUCGGACUUGGACCGGAUUAUGCAUAAUCCGACUCUGACCCUACAGAAAGUCGGAUUUUAAAUCCGAGUCCGACUCCGAGAUCCGACUUUGAAAAUCCGAAUCCGACCCGACCUAAAAUCCGAACAUCCGACUCCGAGAUCCGACCCGACUUAAAAUCCGAACAUCCGACUUAAAAUCCGAACAUACGACUCCGAACCUGAUCCGACUUAUUUUUCUUCCAAUUUUUUUAUUAUUUUUUCUGUGGGAAAAGCCUAUAUAAUACAACUGGCUGAAAGUCGAAGUCAGAUUAUACAUAAAUAAUACAUUACAUAAAUAAGAAAAAAUGAUUGAAUGACUCAAAGUCGGAGUCGGAUUCGGAUGUCGGAUUAUUUUAUGAGAUCCGACUCCGACCCUCCUCCGACUCGGAGUCGGAUUUUUUAAACGGAGUCGAAGUCGGAUUACUUUUUUGUCGGAGUCAACUCGGAGUUUUUCCUUCGAAUCGGAGCGGACUAGGGUCGGAUUCGGAUUGGAUUGCCAUCCCUAAUUGUGUCCCAGGCCUCCUUUACAAAAGCAAAAUUAAAGCCAUCUGGGCCCGACGACUUUUGAGAGCUACAGGAGGCCACCGCUUCGUUUACUAAGAACAAGAAAUUUAUUCCCCUAAAAAAACAAGACUUUAUUCCCCCCAUUAAAAAAAAAAGAAUCUAGCUACUGUAUAUGGCCAAUUCGAUCACUUUACAAGUUUACUAAGAACAAGAAAUUUAUUCCCCUAAAAAAAAACAAGACUUUAUUCCCCCCAUUAAAAAAAAAAGAAUCUAGCUACUGUAUUAGCGUUUAUCACGUCGAGUUGAUAAUAUAGCAUAUAUUCGAGUUGUACUGCUAGUCCAUCAUGAUCAAGUCAACUAAGCUUAUAAAGUCGUAACUCGUAAGUUCAUAGCUAAUCAUUUUUCAAUUGAUCUUUCUCCUUUUUUUUUGUUUGGUUUGUUUCUUUUGAUGCAUACUAGGAUUUAGGAAAGAGUAAACAUCAAAUUGGUUCAGCUAUCAUAUGAUCUAUUCUUCGCAUUUUAAGUAAACACCUUAUUUGUUUAGAUCUUCAUUUUUUCAUAUUACUCCUACUAAAAUUGGAUAAUAUGACUUCUUUUCAAUGGGCAACUGAUGCGAACCCUCUUUCACUUACACCAAAAUUCAUCGUCCCAGAUGAAAACAAACCAAUUUUCACAAUCAAUCCUCACUCGAAUUCGAUUCCGAUCAUCGACAUGAAUGAAGAUAAUGAAGCACUUGUUCAACGGAUAGCAAAAGCUUGUGAAGAAUUUGGGUUUUUUCAAGUGAUUAAUCAUGGGAUUUCAAUGGAGUUAUGCAACGAUGUAUUGGAUGUUAUCACAAACUUUUUCCAACUUCCAUAUGAAGAAAAAGCUCACUUGGUCUCACCUAAUCAUAUGGAAGAUGGAAAAAUUUUCAAGUAUUUUAUUAAGGAUCAAGAGACUCAAGAGAAGAUUUCUAUGUGGGGUGAAGCCUUUUUCCAUACUUGGCAUCCUGUUCAUACUAGUUUUACUCUAAGUUUACCUCAGAAUCCUCCUCGUUACAGGGAAAUUGUUGGUACAUAUGCCAAGCAAAUUGGCACUCUUAACACUCAAAUAUUGAGCUUAAUAUCUCAAGGACUUGGUUUACACAAAGACUUCCUACAUCAAAGUUUAAAUCCUACAUACACAGCACAAGCAAAUUACUAUCCACCAUGUCCAAGACCUGAGCUUACCUUAGGAUUGCGCGAUCACACAGACUUCAAUAUCCUUACACUACUACUACAAGAGGAAGGAGUAACAGGCCUUCAAGUGCUCAAAGAUGGGAAAUGGAUUAAUGUUAAUCCUUCUCCGAAUUCGCUUGUGAUCAAUGUGGGUGAUCAAUUGCAAGUUCUAAGCAAUGACAGGUAUAAGAGUGUACGUCAUAGGGCAGUGACUAAUGUGGCGAAGAAAAGGGUUUCGUUCGCUAUGUUUGUUGGCCCGAAUGAGCAUGAUUGUGUUAGCCCCAUAUCAGAGUUGGUUGAUGAAAAUCAUCCUCCUUUGUAUAGGAGCUAUACUUUCGGGGAAUUCAUUCAAGAGUUCCGUAAACAAGAGGGAAAAACUAGACUGGUUAAAGAAGUCUUUAAAAUGUGUGAUUGAAGCUUGCUUAAGAUGUGUUACAAAUUAAUGUUACCAAAGUUAACCAAUACUUAUAGCUUUAAGCUCAUUGUACUGUUUAUGUUGAACGUCCAACUGUGAUGGAGUAUAGUCUAGUUUAUCAAAUAUUUAAAGAUGAAUAUACAUAUUUGGUAUAUUACAGUA